AUGGAUGAUGAUGAGAUAUUCUCUGAUUCUCAAAAUUUCUACUCAACCCAAAAUUUCAACCCUUCCCAAACUUUCAAUCCUUCCCAAGAUUAUAUCCCUAGCUUUGAUCAUUUUCCAAAUUCUAGCCAAUUUGAAACUAAUGUGAAUGCUUCAAACGCUCCACAUGGUUGGAAUGAGCAAGAAGACAAUGCGCUAAUGUCUGCUUGGUGUUUCAUCAGCGCAAAUGCAUGUGUUGGCACCAACCGAACUAGUGCGAAUCUAUGGGAAAAUAUUCUUGUUCAAUAUGAACAAACAAGAAAAGAAAAUCCAACAAUGGGCGCACAGAGGAGUUUGGAGUCAUUGAGACAGCGCUACAGACGACUCAACGCAAAUGUCUCCAAGUGGAUUGCUGCGUACAAGCGUGCACAUGAACGAGCUACAAGCGGCCAAUCUAAUGAGGACAUUGAGAAAGCCGCUCAACAAAUCUAUGGUAAGGGUAAAUUUACUCACCAUCAGCCAGAUGACGACAGCCUUGAAGAAAGUCGUGGAAGCUCAAAAAGGUCGAGGACUAGUGAGGAGGGAGGACCUCAAAUUAACUCCACACCUGGGAGUGUUUCUUCAACAUUACAACGUCCUAUUGGAAGAGACAAAAUUAAGGCUAAGGCUAAAAGAAAAGGCAAAGAAGUUGCAACACCAUCAUAUACGGUUCCUAAUGAUUUCACUGCAGCACUGCGUGAAAUGAGAGUCACACGUGAAAGGGAAUGUGAUAUUCAAGAACGGAAGAUCAAG